AUGCAAGAAAGAAAGAUGUUCCUUGAAGCCCUUGAAGAUAAUAUGAAAAAAGUUAGAGAUCACGAUUACUUAACAGGAAAAUACCGAGGAGCUGCUCAUUCUAUAUGUAAUUUAAAUUAUAAGGUUCCUAGAUUUAUUCCAGUAUUUUUCCACAAUAUAUCUGGUUAUGACACGCAUUUAUUCAUACAAACAUUUGAUAUUGAUAAAGCUAAUUUAAAAGCAAUUGCAAAUAGUGAAGAAAAUCGCGUAUCAUUUUCAAAAAUAUUACGAUUUGAGAUAUUAGAUUCAGAAACUGAAGACCCUGUUUUAGAUGAUAUAGGAAAACCUAUUUUUAAAACAACUGAAAUAAGAUUUCUUGAUUCUUUCAAGUUCUUAUCUAGUUUUUUAGAAAAAUUAGCUAAAACUUUAAAAUUAUACCAGUUUAAAGAACUAUCUAAACAUUAUCCUGAAAAAUUAUAUUUAGUGAAAGGAAAAUUAUGGUUUUCUUAUAAAUAUAUGGAUUCUCUAGAAAUAUAUGAUGAAGAAUCUUAA